AUGAGUACCGGCACAAUCAGCUUGUACCUCUUCGUGGCAGGCUUUUCAGCCUUGGAGCGGAGGCAGAUGGACGCAUCUGAUUUAACCCGAAGAGGAGGAUCAUCACCAGCGGUAUGCGAUGCAGGCAAAGAGCUGACGAGCACAUGGGAGCCAGGCGGACACGUCUGGGGUAGCCCGAAGAGAUGGACUGAGAAUGCAAGGCAGGCAUGGCUGAUGAGCCAUAAGGGACUUGACUGGGUGGCACCUGUUGAGUCUCAAGGAGGAAUUUUUUUUUUCAUUGGUUCUGUUGGUCCCUUGGACUGGCGGCUGAAGAAGAACGUGCAAUUCCGGUCUCUCCAGUUGCUUCUUUCGUGCAACAAGGUCCUUGAAACGACGAAUAUCUUCGUAUCCUUUUGGUAUGAAGGCCUCAACGCCUUGUUUGACAUAACAUUUGUGACAGCUGUACGAAUCCGGCUGGGCUAUGGAUCGCCAAACCAGAUGCACGCCACUGAGUUUCAUGAGGCCACAUACCUCACACCGAUGCCGAACGGGGCUCGUAUACAGCACAGGACGUGUGAUAUCUUUCUUUGGCCCUUUUGUUCCUUCGCUCUUUCUGCUCGGGAUCGUUUUGACAGAGACGACGCCAGCAAGAAUUUUUCCGGGCAACCUCCUUCUCGUGCCAUUCCAAAUCUGUGCGCCUACGAAGAUUGA